GACCCUUUCCAGAAAAAACAAUGUCAAACUAGUCCCCUCGACCUUAAUAAGCAAAUAGGCAAGUUUCUGAGAGAAGUGACUGGUAAAUUUCAGGGUUUAAGAUCCAAAAAUUGAUCUCAGAAAGUUAAAAAAGAAAAAUGGCAAGUCAAUCGGAGCAAGAAGCUGUUCCUCCGGAGAAGAGACCCGGAAUCGUGUUCAUCGGAUCACCCACCGUCGGCAAAAGAACUCUUAUCUCUCGGUUACUGGGUUUGGAGUUGGAUGAUGGUUCAGAUUCUUCACCGGCUCAGUUGGCGGUUCAUGGGUGGAGUAUCAAUACUAAGUACUAUACAGCUGAUGUGUCUGUGUGGAUGGCUCAUCUUGAUGAGCAGUUUUCGAUUGAGAAGUUACCAAUGUAUGAUCAGCUGGCUGCUUUGAUCAUGGUGUUUGAUACAACUGAGUUGUCAUCUCUUGUUGCGCUUCAGAAAUCGGUGUCGCGCAAUGAUCUUCAGAAAUUCGAUGUACUGUUGUGCAUUGGGAAUAAAGUUGACCUUGUGCCAGGUCACCCGGUGCAUGUUGAGUAUAGGAGACGUCUGCUGAAGGUUGGGGAGCCUUUUGCUGAUUCUCAGUCGGAUUUCGCCGAGUAUGGGAUCUCUGAAACUGAGGGGAGCAGUUUACUAGGGGAGGAUGAACCAGAUUGGGAGGCUAGGGGAUCGUGUUUGGAAUGGUGCACGGAGAAUAACAUUGAGUACAUUGAAGCUUGUGGUUCGAAUGCUGAGUUUGACAAAUGUCUUUCUGUUGAUGGUGAUUCACAAGGUGUUGAACGACUCUUUGGAGCUCUUUCCGCACAUAUGUGGCCUGGAAUGAUUCUGAAAACAGGCGAUAAGAUUACUGAACCAUCAUUACCCAAAAGAGAAGAUUCGUCGGAAGAAGAAUCUGAUUAUGAAUUCGAGUAUGAUGUCCUAUCGGCGGGUUCAGCUGAACCUUUUGAUGACACAGAUAAAGGAUGGGGAUGGAUUUCUGCAAAUGAUGUUGCUGGAACCUCAGAAAUGGGAAGUCUGGAUGCUCAUAAUAAUCUUGUUCAAGAGAAUGAAACCAGUAGUGCUAAUGGGGAGCCUCAUACCUCUACGACAAUGACUGCAUUCCAUGGUGAUAUCAACAAGGAAUUAGUGAUGCCCAACACGGAAGAACCUGACCGGGAUAGAGAACUUGACCAUGGCCUAGAGGAUGAGGAUGCACCUUUUGAAAUUGAGGAUUUGGAACAGUUGAUGUCUGAAAUUGGGAACAUGCGUGACAGCUUGAGAUUGAUGCCUGAUUUUCAAAGAAGAGAAAUGGCUGCAAAGCUGGCCAUGAAAAUGGCAUCCAUGUUUGGGGGUGAGAGUGAUAAUGAACAGGAAAGUUGAUGCUUGGUAACAGGGUAUUGAUAUCCAACUAAUCCGAGUAAACCCUGCAUCCCUGAAUUUCCCGCCUGUUAAGGAAAAUGGGGGAUGAGCUUUUUGAAAUAUUUGGCGGCCUAGUUCGUCCUCUGCUUCUCUGGUGCUGUUGCAGAAUAGACUGAAAUCACGUAAUGAUCAGCUAGCUGGAAUCUUUAAAGUUAUAAGAACAUUGGUUUUUAUUCAAAAAGGUGGUUUAUGAUCGGAUAGUACACAUAGGAGGCCAAAUCGUUAUCAUUUUGGUUUUUUUUUUUGGUGUAUGAGCACAACUAGCUGUGGCAUGUUUGUUGAGGAUCCAAAGCUCUUAGAUGUGUUACUUGAUUCAAUAUAUAUGAUCCAGAAUUUUCAGUUAGCUAAA